UGCGCUUUAAAAAUAAUUUUUUAAAAUCUUCUACUUCUAAUAUAAGGUAACAACUUAUAUGCACUAACAUCAACUCAUUAGAUCGUUGUAAAACUGUACAUUCUGAAUAUUAUUUGACCAAUAGAUAGUGUCAACAGGCCACAUUCCACAAGAGCAGAUGCGUGGCAGGGAAAUUAUUGAACCCUCGAAACAGAUAAUGAUCUCCAUAUGGAUGUUGGCCAACAUGGAAGGAUAUAGACAAAUAUCUGACAUAUUUUAACGUUACGUAUUCAUCCGUGUAUCGUUGCUUCAUGCGCACAUGCAGAGCUCUUCAAUGUCUGUCUGCUGAAAAAAUCAAGUGGCCCACUGGAGCAUGGGCAAACGAGGUCAUGCAAGGCUUCGAGAAGAUCAAAGGGUUCCCUAGAGUUUUAGGAGCCGUCGAUGGAUGCCAUAUUGAAAUUAAAGCACCCCAGGAAAAGUACCAUCCAUUGUCCUACCUCAACAGGAAAAGGGACUACUCUGUUAUAUUACAGGCUGUAUGUGACCAUACAUUGCGUUUUACGGACAUUGUAUCAGGAUGGCCAGGUUCCGUACAUGACGCCAGGGUAUUUAAAAACUCGCCCCUUUACGAGGCCAGUGAAAUCCUCUUCGAUGGGGAUUCUCACAUUCUCGGAGAUGCAGCAUACCCCCUGCAUAGGUGGAUUUUAACUCCAUACAAGGAUAAUGGAAAUCUGACCGAGAGGCAUAGAAAGUACAACUUCGUACAUUCCAACACUCGCCAGACCAUUGAGCGUGCCUUUGGUCUUCUUAAAGGAAAGUGGAGGAGGCUUAGGUUUCUGGAUAACACGAAGCUAGAGGAUAUACCAACAGUUAUAACGGCGGCCUGUACACUUCAUAACAUGUGCAUAGAGAACAAUGAAGCUGACAUGGACAUCUGUGAUGAUGUUUAUCCUGAUGCUCCGGCUACCAAUGAGCCUGUAAACCAGAGUGCAUCCAUUAAAAGAAAUGCACUAGCUCAGUAUUUCUGGGUUAACACCCAGUGAAUUAAAUUUUACAAGAGAAAUAAAACAACAUGUUUUUUUAAGU